CGUCAUGGCGGCUGCCGGGAGCCGAUAAGCGGCGGGAGCGCGCGCGUGGCCGCGGCGGCGACGACGACUCGUUAUUUCUUGCUUUUCCUGUGCCUGCCGUUGGUGCUUCAAUAAUGAAUUGAUUGUUGGAUCCGCUCCUCAGGGGAUCGCGCGUUGGAGGCACGGGCCGGGGCUUCCCCUUCCCCUCCGCGUCCUUCCCCUUCCCCCUCCCCCUCACGGACUCCCGCUUACCCCAAGACGCCCGGAGCCCGAGGACUUCACUCGGCGCGGAGACCGCGGGCCCGGGCGCGGAGGAGGCCGCCGGUCGAGUCGGCUCCCUCCGCCCCGCGAAGCCUGCACGCCCGCCGGUGAGUCAGAAAGGGUUCCAGGAAACCUGUGAAUGUUGAAGAAAAUUCAUCUGUGAAUUUUUGAUAUUCAAAGAGGAGUCAGUAUUUAUAUUCAUCUUUUAAACUGGGAAGAUUUAUUUUUUGUUUUAAAACCUCGAUAUUUACAAUGAAUGGACAUAGUGAUGAAGAAAGUGUUAGAAACAGUAGUGGAGAAUCAAGCCAGUCGGAUGAUGAUUCUGGGUCAGCUUCAGGCUCUGGAUCUGGUUCGAGUUCUGGAAGCAGUAGUGAUGGAAGCAGUAGCCAGUCAGGUAGCAGUGACUCUGACUCUGGAUCUGAAUCUGGCAGUCAGUCAGAGUCUGAGUCAGACACUUCCCGAGAAAACAAAGUUCAAGCAAAACCACCGAAAGUUGAUGGAGCUGAGUUUUGGAAAUCUAGCCCUAGUAUUCUGGCUGUUCAGAGAUCUGCAAUGCUCAAGAAGCAGCAGCAGCAGCAGCAGCAGCAUCAAGCUUCAUCUAAUAGUGGAUCAGAAGAGGAUUCCUCUAGCAGUGAAGAUUCUGAUGACUCAUCGAGUGAGAUCAAAAGGAAAAAGCAUAAAGAUGAAGAUUGGCAGAUGUCUGGGUCGGGAUCUCCAUCUCAGUCUGGCUCAGAUUCAGAAUCUGAAGAAGAAAGAGAUAAAAGUAGUUGCGAUGAAACAGAGUCUGAUUACGAGCCAAAAAACAAAGUUAAAAGCAGAAAACCUCAAAAUAGAUCUAAGUCAAAAAAUGGGAGGAAGAUUAUUGGACAAAAAAAGAGACAGAUUGAUUCAUCUGAGGAGGAGGAGGAUGAAGAUUAUGAUAAUGAUAAAAGAAGUUCUCGUCGCCAAGCAACUGUUAAUGUUAGCUAUAAGGAAGAUGAAGAAAUGAAAACAGACUCUGAUGAUCUACUGGAAGUCUGUGGAGAAGAUGUUCCUCAACCUGAGGAAGAGGAGUUUGAAACAAUAGAACGAUUUAUGGAUUGUCGAAUUGGAAGAAAAGGAGCUACUGGUGCUACUACAACCAUUUAUGCAGUUGAAGCAGACGGUGACCCGAAUGCAGAUUUUGAAAAAAACAAGGAACCAGGAGAGGUCCAGUAUUUAAUAAAGUGGAAAGGAUGGUCACAUAUCCACAAUACUUGGGAGACAGAAGAAACCCUUAAGCAGCAGAAUGUUAGAGGAAUGAAAAAAUUAGAUAAUUAUAAGAAAAAAGAUCAGGAAACAAAAAGAUGGUUGAAGAAUGCUUCUCCAGAAGAUGUGGAAUAUUAUAAUUGCCAGCAAGAACUUACAGAUGAUCUCCAUAAGCAGUAUCAAAUAGUGGAGCGAAUAAUUGCUCAUUCCAAUCAGAAGUCAGCAGCUGGCUAUCCUGAUUAUUAUUGCAAAUGGCAGGGCCUUCCAUACUCAGAGUGCAGCUGGGAAGAUGGAGCUCUCAUUUCCAAAAAGUUUCAAGCAUGCAUAGAUGAGUAUUUUAGCAGGAAUCAGUCAAAAACUACUCCUUUUAAAGAUUGCAAAGUAUUAAAACAAAGGCCAAGAUUUGUAGCCCUGAAGAAGCAGCCGUCCUAUAUUGGAGGACAUGAAGGUUUAGAAUUAAGAGAUUAUCAAUUGAAUGGUUUAAAUUGGCUUGCUCACUCUUGGUGCAAAGGAAAUAGUUGCAUACUUGCUGAUGAGAUGGGCCUUGGAAAAACAAUACAGACGAUCUCAUUUCUGAACUAUUUGUUUCAUGAGCACCAAUUAUACGGACCUUUUCUAUUAGUAGUACCCCUCUCCACUCUCACUUCCUGGCAAAGGGAGAUUCAGACAUGGGCUUCUCAAAUGAAUGCUGUGGUUUAUUUAGGUGACAUUAACAGCAGAAACAUGAUAAGAACUCAUGAAUGGAUGCAUCCACAGACCAAACGGUUAAAAUUUAAUAUACUAUUAACAACUUACGAAAUCUUAUUGAAGGAUAAGGCAUUCCUUGGAGGUCUGAAUUGGGCAUUUAUAGGUGUAGAUGAAGCACAUCGAUUAAAGAAUGAUGACUCUCUUCUGUAUAAAACUUUAAUAGACUUUAAGUCCAAUCACCGUCUCCUUAUCACUGGAACUCCUCUGCAAAACUCCCUCAAAGAGCUCUGGUCUUUGCUACAUUUCAUUAUGCCAGAAAAGUUUUCUUCCUGGGAAGAUUUUGAAGAAGAACAUGGCAAAGGCAGAGAAUAUGGUUAUGCAAGCCUCCACAAGGAGCUUGAGCCGUUUCUGUUACGCAGAGUUAAGAAAGAUGUGGAAAAAUCUCUUCCUGCUAAGGUUGAGCAGAUUUUAAGAAUGGAAAUGAGUGCUUUACAGAAACAAUACUACAAAUGGAUAUUAACUAGGAAUUACAAAGCCCUCAGCAAAGGUUCCAAGGGCAGUACCUCAGGCUUUUUGAAUAUUAUGAUGGAGCUAAAGAAAUGUUGUAACCAUUGCUACCUCAUUAAACCACCAGAUAAUAAUGAAUUCUAUAAUAAACAGGAGGCCUUACAACACUUAAUCCGUAGUAGCGGAAAAUUGAUUCUUCUUGACAAACUCUUACUUCGCCUAAGAGAACGAGGCAAUAGAGUUCUUAUUUUUUCUCAAAUGGUGCGGAUGUUAGAUAUACUUGCAGAAUAUUUGAAAUAUCGUCAGUUCCCCUUUCAAAGAUUAGAUGGAUCAAUAAAAGGGGAGCUGAGGAAACAAGCUCUAGAUCAUUUUAAUGCUGAAGGAUCAGAGGACUUCUGCUUUUUGCUUUCCACAAGAGCUGGAGGUUUAGGAAUUAAUUUAGCCUCAGCUGACACUGUUGUUAUAUUUGAUUCUGAUUGGAAUCCACAAAAUGAUCUUCAGGCACAGGCGAGAGCUCAUCGAAUUGGGCAAAAGAAACAGGUGAACAUUUAUCGUCUAGUUACAAAGGGAUCAGUUGAAGAGGAUAUUCUUGAAAGGGCCAAAAAGAAGAUGGUUUUAGAUCAUCUUGUCAUUCAAAGAAUGGACACAACUGGGAAGACAGUACUACAUACAGGUUCUGCCCCCUCAAGUUCUACUCCUUUCAAUAAAGAAGAAUUAUCAGCCAUUUUAAAGUUUGGUGCUGAGGAACUUUUCAAGGAACCGGAGGGAGAAGAACAAGAGCCCCAGGAAAUGGAUAUAGAUGAAAUCUUGAAGAGGGCUGAAACUCAUGAAAAUGAACCAGGCCCUUUAACUGUAGGAGAUGAAUUACUUUCUCAGUUCAAGGUUGCCAACUUUUCAAAUAUGGAUGAGGAUGAUAUUGAGUUGGAACCUGAAAGAAAUUCCAAGAAUUGGGAAGAAAUCAUUCCUGAAGAUCAAAGAAGACGAUUAGAAGAGGAAGAAAGACAAAAGGAACUCGAGGAAAUUUAUAUGCUCCCAAGAAUGAGAAACUGCGCAAAACAGAUUAGUUUCAAUGGAAGUGAAGGGAGGCGCAGCAGAAGUAGGAGAUACUCUGGAUCUGAUAGUGAUUCGAUCUCUGAAAGGAAAAGACCAAAGAAACGUGGAAGACCACGGACUAUCCCUCGGGAAAAUAUUAAAGGAUUUAGUGAUGCAGAAAUUCGGCGGUUUAUCAAGAGUUACAAGAAAUUUGGUGGCCCUCUGGAAAGAUUGGAUGCAAUUGCUCGAGAUGCUGAAUUAGUUGAUAAGUCAGAGACAGACCUCAGACGACUAGGAGAAUUGGUACAUAAUGGUUGCAUUAAAGCUCUGAAGGACAAUUCUUCAGGAACAGAACGAACAGGUGGUAGACUUGGAAAAGUAAAGGGUCCAACAUUCCGAAUAUCAGGAGUACAGGUGAAUGCCAAGCUAGUCAUCUCCCAUGAAGAAGAAUUAAUACCCUUGCAUAGAUCCAUUCCUUCAGAUCCAGAGGAAAGAAAGCAGUAUACUAUCCCAUGCCACACAAAGGCAGCUCAUUUUGAUAUAGACUGGGGCAAAGAAGAUGAUUCCAAUUUGUUAAUUGGUAUCUACGAGUACGGAUAUGGAAGCUGGGAAAUGAUUAAAAUGGAUCCUGACCUCAGUCUGACACACAAGAUUCUUCCAGAUGAUCCUGAUAAAAAACCACAAGCGAAACAGUUACAGACACGUGCAGACUACCUCAUCAAAUUACUUAGUAAAGAUCUUGCAAGAAAAGAAGCUCAGAGGCUUUCUGGUGCAGGAGGUUCAAAGAGGAGAAAAGCACGAGCUAAGAAGAAUAAAGCAAUGAAGUCUAUAAAAGUGAAAGAGGAAAUAAAGAGUGAUUCUUCUCCCCUGCCCUCAGAAAAGUCCGAUGAAGAUGAUGAUAAGGAUGAGAUCACUUCUGUGAAACAUCCAAAUAAAAAAAUUAAAACAGAAAGAGACAGUGAAGAAAAACCUGAGCCAGAUGUUUGUAUAAAGAAGGAACCAGAAGAAAAGAGGGAAGCAAAAGAAAAGGAAAAUAAAAGAGAACUUAAAAGGGAGAUAAAGGAAAAAGAGGAUAAGAAAGAUAUAAAGGAAAAAGAUUUUAAAGAAAAAAGAGAAAACAAAGUAAAAGAAGCUAUACAGAAAGAAAAAGACAUAAAGGAAGAAAAGUUGAGUGAAUCCAAGCCUGAUAGCAAGGAACGAUCUAAGAAAUCUUCAGUGUCAGAUGCUCCAGUUCAUAUCACAGCAAGUGGUGAACCAGUUCCCAUAUCUGAAGAAUCUGAAGAGCUAGAUCAGAAGACAUUCAGCAUUUGUAAAGAAAGAAUGAGGCCUGUCAAAGCAGCUUUGAAGCAACUUGAUAGGCCUGAGAAAGGCCUUUCAGAAAGAGAACAACUGGAACAUACUAGACAAUGCUUAAUAAAAAUUGGAGACCACAUCACGGAAUGUCUGAAAGAGUAUACAAAUCCUGAACAAAUCAAGCAGUGGAGAAAAAACCUGUGGAUUUUUGUAUCUAAGUUUACUGAGUUUGAUGCAAGAAAAUUACAUAAAUUAUAUAAGCAUGCUAUUAAAAAACGGCAGGAAUCUCAGCAAAAUAAUGACCAGAACAGCAACUUGAAUACUCAGAUGAUUCGAAAUCCAGAUGUGGAAAGAUUAAAAGAGAACACAAAUCAUGAUGAUAGCAGCAGGGACAGUUAUUCAUCUGAUAGACACUUAUCUCAGUAUCAUGAUCAUCAUAAAGACCGACAUCAGGGAGACUCUUAUAAAAAGACUGACUCUAGGAAAAGACCCUAUUCUUCUUUUAGUAAUGGUAAAGAUCAUCGUGAUUGGGAUCACUACAAGCAAGACAGCAGAUAUUACAGUGAUAGAGAGAAACACAGAAAACUGGAUGAUCACAGGAGCAGAGACCACAGGUCAAAUUUGGAAGGAAGUUUAAAAGACAGAUCUCAUUCUGAUCAUCGUUCUCAUUCAGACCAUCGGUUACAUUCAGACCAUCGUUCAAGUUCUGAAUAUACACACCAUAAAUCUUCCAGGGAUUACAGGUAUCACUCAGAUUGGCAAAUGGACCACAGAGCUUCCAGUAGCGGCCCUAGAUCACCACUAGAUCAGAGGUCUCCUUAUGGCUCCAGAUCUCCAUUUGAACACUCAAUUGAACACAAAAGUACACCUGAGCAUACCUGGAGUAGUCGGAAAACAUAACAAAAACUGGUAACUGUCUUUCUGGACUUUUCUUUUAGCCAUAUAUCAUAAACCAACACAGUAAUUGCCUUACAUGACUUGAAAGAUAUAAACAGAUCUUCUAUCAGUAGCAGUAUUGUUACUUCUUUCCAGGAUGCAAGGUCUAUUAUCCCAACAGAAGAGAAAAUAUUUUUAUAUUUAAGGAUUAUGCUGCACUGUACUACAAGUAUUGUAGUACUUUUUUUUUUUUUCUUUUUUAAAGAAAUGGAAAAUGUUUACUAUAACAGGGACCUCAACACUGCCCUUCCAUAUAGGCUGGAUAAAACUGUUUUUAAGUCAGUGAUUUUAGACUGACAUCCAUUUAAAUUAUGUUUGUAUAUGAACUUUACUCUGACCUGUGAUCAUGUUUCAGGAAGGAAUGAAAGAGAGUUCUUUUCUUAAUAAAGAAAAAACACUCUAGGACUUUGUUCACUUUCCAAAGCUACUUGUUUACAUUGUACACUGCGACCACCUUGCCGCUUUUCAUCACAAGCUUGAAUAUUUAAAUUCUGUACUUAUAUCUGUAAAAUAGCCAGGAAUUUCCUGUUCGUGAUCUAUUAUUAUGCCUUUUUACACACACACAAACUAUGGCUGUAAAUUAUUGUAAAUGGAUUAAAUGAGCUUUCCUUACUUCCUUCCCCUUCUCAGGCUUUUUUUGACUGUUCCUUUCCCUACCAACUCAGGCCUUCUUAUCAUUAAAAAAAGAAUAUAUAUAUAUAUAUAUAUACACACACACACAUAUAUGUAUGUAUAUGUAUAUAUAUAUAUCUCAGUGUAAUAACACUUUUUAAUGAUUUGUCUUGAUGGAAUCAUUGUUUAGAAUGUAAAAAAUGGGGAAAGGGGCCACUUAAUUCCAUUAGUCUGUUUUAUAUUGACUGUUUUAUUAGAUAUAUGUUAUUUCUUUCCUUUUUUUCAUUUUUUUAGUCAAUAUUGUGUUUGUAGUAACAAAAUGGUGAGAUAAUAUGUAAAAUCUAAACUGCAUGCUCUGGAAACUUUUUUUCAGAAGCAUUUGGUUUAAAAGCGUAGGUGUAUGAACACUUUGAGAAUCCAAACGGCCAAAAGUUAUUGUAAAUCCAUUUGUUUUCCUUUUCAUGUGGGCAAUAAUGUUAAAUGUGCUAUGCAGCCAGGUAACAUUUUAGAUAAACUUGAUUGACUUUUAAUAUAAACUGUUACAAUGCACACUGAUUGUAUAUAAAAACCUUAUAUAUGACAAAUUAAAUUUAAGAAAAAGGA